GGCGGGGCUUGCCAGAGUCGGGGGUCGGGGGCGCGGAGCGGCGCAGUGGGGCCGGAGCGGGGCUUGGGUCGCGUCGACGGGAUGGUAGACAGCGUCUAUCGGACGCGGUCGCUGGGGGUGGCGGCGGAGGGGUUACCGGACCAGUACGCGGAUGGGCGGGCGGCCCGCGUGUGGCAGCUGUACAUUGGGGACACGCGCGGCCGCACGGCCGAGUACCGCAGCUGGCUCCUGGCGCUGCUCCGCCAGCACCGCUGCCGCUCUGUCCUCGACGUGGCCUGCGGCACCGGGGUGGACUCCAUCAUGCUGCUCGAGGAAGGCUUCCAGGUGACCAGUGUCGACGCCAGCGACAAGAUGCUAAAGUAUGCGCUGAAGGAGCGCUGGGAGCGGCGCAAGGAGGAGCCCUUCGACCGAUGGGUCAUCGAGGAGGCCAACUGGCUCACCUUGGAAAAGGACCUGGAGAAGCCAGGGGACGGGUUUGACGCAGUCAUCUGCCUGGGCAACUCCUUUGCACACCUGCCUGACUUCAAAGGGGACCAGAGUGACCACAAGCUGGCCCUGAGGAAUAUCGCCAGCAUGGUGCGGCCCGGGGGUGUCCUGGUCAUUGACCACCGCAACUAUGAUCACAUUCUGGCCACAGGCUGUGCACCGCCUGGCAAGAACAUCUACUAUAAGGACACAGACAUCCUCUUGCGGUCUCCAGAGCGACUUAACCAAGGACAUCACCACCUCAGUGCUGCUGGUAAACAACAAGGCACACAUGGUGACCCUGGACUACACGGUGCAGGUCCCCCCCACUGAAGUAGGGGCAGCUCCAGAGCUGAGCACAUUUCGGCUCUCGUACUACCCGCACCGGCUGGAGGCCUUCACAGCCCUGCUAAAAUGUGCUUUCCAGGGGAAGUGCCAGCAUAGCGUCCUGGGUGACUUCCAGCCCUACAUCCCAGGGCAAGCCCAUGUUCCCUGCUACUUCAUCCACGUUGUGAAGAAGACAGCCUGAGGGGACUGUGGAGAUGGGACUGUGGUGGCUGAGAGCUACAAGCAGCUCUGGGGACAAGCAGGGAACUGGGGACAUUGCUGGAAGGUGCCUGGAAGCCCUCUCCCCUUAAUGAAGAGCACUCGUGAGAGUUACUGGA